UUUAGGUUACACUGCAUUGUUGAUGUUCUAACCUUUUCCACAUGUCUUAAAAGUAAAUAAAAAGACUUCAGUGAUAUUAAUGAUUACUUCCGAAAUGAUCAAAUGAAACAAUAAUAUUUUAAUAUAAUUCUGUUCAUUUUAUGCUGGAAAAAAUGCAGUCAUCAAUUGUUCGGUUGAACAAUUUGAUUUUAACUCCUAAUCUAAGUUUGUGUUUUUGUACUACCGGUGUACAAUAUACUCGGACAAGAGCAGGCAGAUUUAUAAACAAAAUGAUGGCUGAGGGUACAAAAAAAAAAGUAUCGAAUGCCUCAACGCGGCUUCCUUCUUUAAAAGGCGAAAUCGACAUACCAAAGCAUAGGACCCGUAGAACUGAAGUUCUCAACAAGCUUUUUAUGAAACACAUAACGGACCUAAUGGCAACAGGAGAAGUAGCUCCGGAACUUGUUGGCCGAGGAAUUGAUGUUUCUCAAGUUAAUAUCACAACUGAUCUCCAAUACGUCAAUGUGUAUUGGCACAGUAGAUUUGACCCAUCAUUUAACGAGGCAACUGAAAAAAUACUCCAUUCCUCUGAGGGACUGUUACAACACAAAUUGUCUCAGCUUCGAGUAAUAUCAAUUGUUCCUCCUAUUAGGUUUAUCAAGGAUAGAAGAUUAUUUUUCCUCAAUGAAAUCGAUAGGAGGUUAUCUGAAAUUAAUUUUGAUGAAGAUUUUGAACCAACAGACACAGUAAGCCGGAAGUGUGAGUCGGUUAUAUUCACUGAACUUUCACCCGAAGCAAAAAGUGAAAUUGCUCAAUUUAAUGUUGCUAAUGAAAAUGAAGAGAUUGAUGAUUGUUCUGUCGAUUUACCGGAAAUGCGUCAUGAUGUUCUUGGCUUAAAUUGCUCUUCUAUUAUGAACAAGAUUAAAAUCUCUUUAGAAAAAGUUCAACCAAAACAAAUUAUGUCUACGCCUGUCAGUAAAUUUCCCGAAAAUUUGACCGCCGAACAAUUCUUGUCAAAUAAUGAGAGACGAACAUUAUUUGACAGUUUUUUGAAACAACAAGAAAUUAAAGCCAGAUUGAAAAGAAAGUCUGCGAACUAUGAAGGAGAUUUUGAAAACAAUUAUAUUUAUGAUGAUAAUGAUGAUAUUGAGGAUGAUGAUUAUUUUAACAAUGAAGAUGAUUAUGAUGAUUACCAGGAAAAUUAUGAUAAUGAUAUCGAUGAUAUUCAUAACGAAAGCUAUAACGAAACACCAGAUAAUGAAGACUAUAUUCUAGAGAAUAAAGAUAGAUAAUUGUAAAUAAAUACA